CUUACAUUUGACAUGUGUUCAUGGACUCACAGACAUGGUGAAGCAACUACUACUCUCUAAAGCUAAUGUAAGUGUUGGGGAUAAAGAUGGUAACACACCUCUACAUCUGGCAUGUAAUCGUGGACACACAGAUAUCUUGAAGGAGCUCCUGCUAAAUAAAGGUGCCGUCAAUGUGGCGAAUAAACAUGGUAACACACACUUACAUUUGGCAUGUGUUCAUGGACUCACAGACAUGGUGAAGCAACUACUACUUUCUAAAGCUGAUGUAAGUGUUGUGGAUAAAGAUGGUAACACACCUCUACAUCUGGUCUGCCUAGGUGGACACAUAGACAUGGUGAAGCAGUUAUUGCUUUCUAAAUCUGAUGUAAGUGCGGUGGAUAAAGAAGGUAACACGCCCCUACAUCUAGCCAGUGCUUAGGGACACAAAGACAUGGUGAAGCAGUUAUUGCUUUCUAAAUCUGAUGUAAGUGCGGUGGAUAAAGAUGGUAACACGCCCCUACAUCUAGCCAGUGCUUAGGGACACAAAGACAUGGUGAAGCAGUUAUUGUUUUCUAAAUCUGAUGUAAGUGCGGUGGAUAAAGAUGGUAACACACCUCUACAUCUGGCCUGCCUUAGUGGACACAUAGACAUGGGGAAGCAGUUAUUGCUUUCUAAAUCUGAUGUAAGUGCAGUAGAUAAAGAUGGUAACACGCCCCUACAUCUAGCCAGUG